AUAGUGGAAGCGGAAAUGAGUCUAACUGGAGGAGAGUGGAAGAGAUACUCGAUUGUGACUGGCCCAGAGGCCCCGUGUAUUUUGGGAAUAGAUUUCCUUCGAAGCGGGUAUUUUAAGGACCCAAAAGGCUUCAAGUGGGCAUUUGGGAUAGCGGCUGUGAUGGCAGAGAGAAUCCAGCAAUUGAACACCCUGCCCGGACUAUGUGAGAAUCCAAUUGCCGUGGGACUCCUGAGGGUAGAGGAGCAGAGAGUACCGAUUGCCACUUCAAUAGUACAUCGCCGGCAAUAUAGGACAACUCGGGAUGCUGUGAUCCCGAUCCAUAAGAUGAUCCGGGAGCUGGAGUGCCAAGGGGUGGUGAGCAAAACCCACUCACCCUUCAACAGUCCCAUCUGGCCUGUGCGCAAGUCUGAAGGAGAAUGGAGAUUGACAGUAGACUACCGUGCAUUGAAUGAAGUCACCCCACCGCUGAGCGCUGCCGUGCCGGACAUGCUGGAGCUGCAGUACGAGCUGGAGUCCAAGGCAGCAAGGUGGUAUGCCACCAUUGACAUCGCCAAUGCGUUUUUCUCCAUUCCUUUGGCAGCAGAGUGCAGGCCGCAGUUUGCUUUCACCUGGAGGGGCGUGCAGUACACCUGGAACCGACUGCCCCAGGGGUGGAAACACAGCCCCACCAUCUGCCAUGGGCUGAUCCAGGCUGCACUGGAAAAGGGUGAGGCUCCAGAACAUUUGCAGUACAUCGAUGACAUCAUUGUGUGGGGAAACACCGCAGAAGAAAUGUUUGAGAAAGGAAAGGAAAUUAUCCGAAUUCUCCUGGAAGCCGGUUUUGCCAUCAAAAAGAAUAAAGUUAAGGGACCUGCUCGUGAGAUCCAGUUCCUAGGAGUGAAGUGGCAAGAUGGAAGACGUCAGAUUCCUACUGAUGUUAUUAAUAAAAUCACAGCUAUGUCUCCACCUACUAACAAGAAGGAGACACAAGCUUUCUUGGGCGCUAUAGGCUUUUGGAGAAUGCACAUCCCCGAGUACAGUCAGAUUGUGAGCCCUCUUUACCAGGUUACUCGGAAGAAGAAUGAUUUUCAUUGGGGCCCAGAACAACAACAAGCCUUCAUCCAGAUUAAACAAGAGAUCGCCCAUGCAGUAGCUCUUGGUCCCGUCAGGACGGGGCCAGAUGUGAAGAAUGUGCUCUAUUCUGCAGCUGGAAACCACGGUCUGUCUUGGAGUCUGUGGCAAAAGGUGUCAGGUGAGACCCGAGGCCGACCCCUGGGAUUCUGGAGCAGAAGUUACAGAGGGUCUGAAGGUAAUUAUACCCCGACAGAAAAGGAAAUCCUGGCUGCUUAUGAGGGAGUCCAAGCUGCUUCAGAGGUGAUUGGCACAGAAGCACAACUCUUUCUGGCACCCCGGUUGCCAGUGCUGGGGUGGAUGUUCAGUGGGAAGGUUCCCUCCACCCACCAUGCCACCAGUGCCACAUGGAGCAAGUGGAUAGCCCUCAUUACGCAGCGCGCCCGGAUCGGGAAAUUAAAUCGCCCAGGGAUCUUAGAAAUAAUUACCAACUGGCCAGAGGGAGAAAGUUUUGGUGUGACAGACGAGGAACAAGAACCAGUGACCCGGGCUGAAGAAGCACCACCUUACAACCAGCUACCGGCAGAGGAAAUCCGUUAUGCCCUGUUCACCGACGGUUCCUGUCGCAUUGUAGGGACAAAUCGGAAAUGGAAAGCAGCUGUAUGGAGCCCUACACGACGGGUUGCAGAAGCUACUGAAGGAGAAGGAGGGUCUAGUCAAUUCGCUGAACUCAAAGCUGUCCAACUGGCUUUGAAUAUUGCCGAAAGAGAAAGGUGGCCAAAGCUCUAUCUUUACACUGAUUCCUGGAUGGUAGCCAACGCUUUGUGGGGAUGGCUGCAGAGAUGGAAAGAGACGAACUGGCAGCGCAGAGGAAGACCAAUCUGGGCUGCAGAAAAGUGGAAAGACAUCGCUACUCGGUUAGACAAGCUACCCGUGAAGGUUCGCCAUGUGGACGCCCAUGUUCCCAGAAGUAGAGCUAACGAAGAACAGCAAAAUAACCAUCAAGUAGAUCAAGCAGCAAAAAUAGGGGGGUUGGAAAUAGAUUUAGAUUGGAAACAUAAGGGAGAGUUGUUCCUGGCUCGAUGGGCCCAUGAUGCCUCAGGCCAUCAGGGGAGGGAUGCUACCUACAAGUGGGCACGAGACCGAGGGGUGGAUCUAACCAUGGACAGCAUUACUCAAGUUAUUCAUGAUUGUGACACUUGCGCUGCCAUCAAGCAGGCCAAGCGGGUGAAGCCCCUCUGGUAUGGAGGACGGUGGUCCAAGUACAGGUAUGGGGAGGUUUGGCAGAUUGAUUACAUCGCACUGCCUCAGACCCGCCAGGGUAAACGUUAUGUGCUGACCAUGGUGGAAGCCACCACCGGAUGGUUGGAGACUUACCCUGUAUCUCAUGCCACUGCCCGCAACACCAUCCUGGGCCUGGAAAAACAGGUCCUUUGGAGGCAUGGUACUCCUGAGAGGAUCGAAUCAGACAAUGGGACUCAUUUUAAGAAUAACCUUGUCAACACCUGGGCUAGGGAACACGGUAUUGAGUGGGUGUACCACAUCCCUUACCAUGCACCAGCUGCAGGUAAAGUGGAGAGGUACAAUGGAUUGUUAAAGACCACCUUAAAGGCAUUGGGUGGGGGAUCCUUUAAGAAUUGGGAGCAGCAUUUGGCAAAGGCCACUUGGUUAGUCAACACUCGAGGUUCCACCAACCGAGCAGGUCCUGCCCAAUCUGAGUGCCUUAAUACAGUAGAUGGAGACAAAGUCCCAGCGGCCCAUGUCAGAGGAUUGCUAGGGAAAACAGUAUGGAUUAAUCCUACCUCGAGUACAGGCAAACCCAUUCGGGGGAUUGCCUUUGCUCAAGGACCUGGAUGUACUUGGUGGAUAAUGCAGAAAGAUGGAACAACCCGCUGUGUACCUCAGGGAGAUCUGACUGUGGGAUGAGACAGAAGGAAUAUGUAAAUGUUGAAGGUUUGAGCAAGUCAGAGGAAGUGUUCAUAUUGUGUUUAAUGAGUGUAUAUCCCAAUCGUGUGUCAAUGAUCACGAUAUGGGAUAAGGGGUGGAAUGUCCUGGGUUGGUGUUUUGACUGACUCCUCACCCUGCCCCCCUUGGCCAUGAAGCUGUCUGCUCCCGGGGGAGGGGCCGCCUGGGCUCGGCUCUGUGGACUGGCCUUGGUUUUUUUCUCUUUUUCUUGCGGUGGCUCGCUUGGCUCUGGCUGCUGCUGCUGCUGCUGGUGGUGGCUUUUCGCUGCUGUGGUAGUAGUUCGUUGCCUGGUUUGCUUGCUGGCUGUUUUUUCUUUCCUUUUUCUCUCUCCCUUUCUCUCUCUCCCCCUCUCCCUUCCCCCCCCCCCCCCCCACCUCCCGAGGAUCAGCACCAGCUCGCUCCGGAGGAACCCUGCGGCCUGCCUCUGGACACCGGCCAGAGAAGCAUCUCGUCCUUCUGGUGAAGAUCGAAUCGUCCACGUCUUUUUUUUUCUCCCUCGGUGAAAUUUUUUUUUUUUUUUUGCAUCUGGAUCUGUGCUGGGAAGUGUUUCCCUUGUAUGUGUUAAUAAAUAGGUUUUUUCCACUUUUC